UGUCUGUCUGCCGCGAGCGACCAGAAGUUCCCAUAAAUAAAAAGGCUCCGACCCUUUUUUUUCCCCGAAAAAUCUGAUUUUUACCGUCACCGGCGGAAAGAUUCGAUCCCUGUGCUCCCAAUUAAAUUAUCAUUACGUACACAUAUACAUACAUAGAGAGAGAGAGCGAGAGACGAGUAUGUGAAAUCAUCGUUUCUGUCAAGUCUCGAGCUCCCCCCGAUGCGGAGCUGAGAGAGAGAGCUCAGUCCAGCGGCUGGCUGAAUCGGCGUCGUUUCGGAGCUCCCCGAGCUUCCAUAUAUCUGCUAGAUUUGCUGCUGCCUUCUUUCCCGUACUCCUCCGACAGCUGUGGCGUAUUCUGGCGGGGGCAGCGUCAUCAUCAUCGAAUCCCUAGGCGUGUACUUCGUCGCUGAAGUUGACUCCUUUUUUAUAUCGAUUGACUGAGCUGGUGCUUGGUCUUCGUGCUCCGAGCUUGGUUCUGCUGAUGGAAUCUUGGGAAAUUGCCCGACCAAAUUGGCAAUAACAGACUUAAUUCCAGUUUGACUGAAGGGGCAUUAUCCGUUGCGGGCUCUCGCCUGUAACCGUUGCUGCUUACAUUGCUGAUUGCCAGCUCGCUAUCAGGACUUGUUGCUCAGUAUUGACUGGUUGGAGCCUGCAUGUUCCAAGUAUGUUGGUGAUGGUUGGGUAGCUGGUAUCUGGUGUCACCGCUUUUUGCCAGGGGUAAUUCCUUGGAGCAUGGAGUUGCCUUAUUUUGUCCAUGUAGUCCGAGAAUACUUGAACAUAGAACUGUUCUAUCUUUAAGUCUAUAAGUUAGUGCUCUAGAUGCUUGAGGGUUCUACACAGGAGAAAAAUUAUUAAGUCAUUGUGCAUUUGUAUUCUUCUGUUCCAAACAAACCAGGGAUGCUACCAAAUUGGAAGAAACCUCAUAUCUGUCAGAAUUUCUUCUCCUCAGUGUACCGACCGUUUAUGUUCUUAGAAACAUCAGUAGCUAUACUUAGUGCUAGUGUUUCGCUGUAACAUAAAACCAUGGAGGAUGUCCCAGACAAAAAGUUUCCACUCUAUGGGAAGGACUAUAAACUGUAUGAGGAAGUUGGUGAAGGUGUCAGCGCCACUGUGUAUAGGGCUCUCUGCAUCCCCCUUAAUAUGAUAGUUGCAAUCAAGGUUCUGGAUCUGGAGAAGUGCAAUAAUGACCUGGAUGGUAUUCGAAGAGAGGUGCAGACAAUGUGCUUGAUUAAUCAUCCUAAUCUAUUACAAGCACACUGUUCUUUUACUUCAGGGCACAACCUCUGGGUUGUGAUGCCCUACAUGGCUGGAGGGUCUUGCCUUCACAUAAUGAAAUCUGCCUAUCCAGAAGGUUUUGAGGAGCCUGUAAUUGCCACUUUGUUGCGAGAGGUUCUAAAGGCACUUGUAUAUCUCCAUGCCCAAGGGCACAUUCAUAGAGAUGUAAAGGCUGGUAAUAUAUUGAUCGACUCCAAUGGUGCUGUCAAGUUAGCAGAUUUUGGAGUCUCAGCAUGCAUGUUUGAUACUGGAGAUAGGCAACGGUCAAGAAACACCUUUGUUGGAACCCCAUGCUGGAUGGCUCCAGAGGUUAUGCAACAAUUGCAUGGAUAUGACUUUAAGGCGGAUAUUUGGUCUUUCGGGAUAACGGCACUAGAACUUGCUCAUGGUCAUGCCCCGUUUUCCAAGUAUCCCCCAAUGAAAGUUCUGUUGAUGACCUUACAAAAUGCCCCUCCGGGCCUGGACUAUGAGAGAGACAAGAGAUUUUCGAAGGCUUUUAAAGAUUUGGUGGCCGCCUGUCUAGUGAAGGACCCAAAGAAACGUCCUACUUCUGAAAAACUUCUGAAGCAUGCUUUCUUUAAGCAUGCACGCUCCACCGACUAUCUAUCUCGUACCAUUCUUGAGGGCCUUGCUCCAUUGGGUGAGCGCUUUAGCAGGCUAAAGGAAAAAGAGGCAGCUCUUCUUGUCCAGAAUAAGGCUCUUUAUGAAGAUAAGGAGCAAUUAUCACAGCAAGAGUAUAUACGAGGAAUUAGCGAAUGGAAUUUCAACCUAGAGGAUCUGAAAAGACAGGCUGCCAUGAUUCAAGAUGAUGAUGUGCCACAUGCCGAAGAUUCUGGAGCAAGAAAGCAGGAGAAGGGUGAUAACGUUGGGUUUCAGGUAGAAAGAAGAUCCUCAGAUAGAACAGACGUCUCAAACGCUGCUUCCAGUAAAGAGGAUCCAGGGGAUGAUCUUCAUGAUUUGAAGAGUUCACUCGCUUCAUUUCCUAUCAAGCCACUCCAAGCACUCAAGGAUUGUUUUGAUGUUGGCGAGGAUAAUGUAACUGCAACUGAGGAGCAGCUUCCAUUGCAGUCUUCACCUGAGGGUGGCUCUGCACCACGUCAAUUAAUUUCUGAUCAUAAGAAGUUCUCGAGCGGUCCACUACCAGAAAAUGUGGCUGCUUCCAAGAAGAUUACUAGCGACUGUGAUAGGGAUCCUUUGCAACCAAAAUAUCCAUCUGAGCGGAAUUAUAGUGGUCCCCUGUCGUAUCGCCAGAGAAGGGAUGUGAAUAAUUUUUUGGCAGCAGAUGAUACGUCAGAGGGGCCAGUUGUCCAAAGAAAAGGACGCUUUAAGGUUAUCUCAGCCGACCACAGUCCUAAGGGUCCUAUGAACUGCCUCUUUGGCCCUGCAACUGGCGGCUCUUCUUGUCUUAUAAACCCUAAUCUGGUUGCUUCAUCACUUCUGCCAUCACUGCAAUGCAUAUUGCAGCAGAACGCCUUUCAAAGGGAGGAGAUCAUCAAACUUAUCAAGAGCGUCGAGCAAUUUUCUGGCAAGCCCGGAGAAGCUGCUGAGGCCAGUGCAAUUGAGCUGAUGCAGGCAUCACCUGCUUCUCCGAGGGAGAGAGAGCUACAGUCCCUAGUGCUUCAGCUGCAACAGAGCGUUACCACUCUUAUCGAGGAAUUGCAGAAACAGAAAAUGAAAAAUUCCAAGUUGGAGAAGCAACUGAAGUCAUUGGCAAGCCAACAAGAGGAUCGCGUAGGAUAGGAUAGGAGAGGCCAGGGAAGGAGGAAGCACAGAGGAUGAUUUUCGGCAUUCCCCGACGAUCUGCUUUUCUUCCUGUCAAGUGCUCACGUUUUGUUUCGAUGUAGAAAAGAAAGGCAGUUGCAGCUGAAGCAUUGGAGGCUUCAUCUGGAAAACAAAACAUCAAGAAGAAGAAUAAGAAGAAGAAGAAGAAAGAAAAAUAAAUGAGUGAUGAUGAUGAAGAAGAAGAGGCAAUACGGGGUGGGAGGGAGGGAAUCAGAUUGGUUUUAUGUGUUCUUGUACCAUUUUGUGUGAUAGUUCGAUAUAUAUACAAAGGCGUGCCACUCGAAAAUUUUGAGGUGUCAUUCGAUCAUCGAGUGUCGACAUAUAUAUAUAUAUAAUGUAUUAUUAACUUUGUAACUUAUUGACCGUGAUGCACUUGCGAGCCAUACUCCUCACCAUCAGAGUCGAUAUUCGUCA